AUGGAGCUACCUCAGCGUCUCAAGAAGUCUGUUGAAGACACAAAGGUCCAUUAUCGUCAGCUUGGAAAGUCAGGACUCCGCGUCUCCGUCCCAAUUGUCGGUUGCAUGAGCUUUGGCGACCCGCAGUCCAUACCAUGGGCAAUCACGGAUGACAAGGCUAUCGAGAUACUCAAGGCGGCUUACGACAGGGGCCUCAACACUUGGGAUACCGCGAACGUCUAUUCCAACGGUGGCUCGGAAAUCGUCGUUGGAAAAGCUCUGAAACAACUCAACAUUCCUCGCGAGAAGGUGGUGAUUCUAACCAAAUGCCACUUUGCUGUUGGCGAGGACUCUGCUCCCUUGUUUUACCUUUUUCCUUCCGAGGUCGACAGGUCCAAGGACUACCAGAAUCAGUUCGGACUUUCUCGGACAGCUAUAUUCAACCAGGUAGAGGCUUCAUUGCGUCGCCUCGACACCACCCACAUUGAUGUACUGCAAAUCCAUCGAUUCGACCCUCACACGCCCAUUGAAGAAACGAUGAAAGCGCUUCAUGACUUGGUGCAGUCUGGGAAGGUCCGCUACAUCGGUGCCAGCAGCAUGUGGGCAACGCAAUUCGCUAGUCUCCAGUUCUGCGCCGAAAAAAACGGCUGGACCAAGUUCAUCAGCAUGCAGAACCAAUACAAUCUCCUUUACCGCGAGGAGGAGCGCGAGAUGAUCCGGUUCUGUAACGAGACUGGCGUCGGUCUCAUCCCCUGGGCCCCUCUCUGUCGCGGUCUUUUGGCUCGUCUUCCAUCAGAGACAUCCAAGAGAAACCAAGUUGAGGUGGAGAUGGGCCUUGCCGGCCCAGGUACCAGCAAAGUCGAUUCGGCCAUCAUCGACCGCGUGGUCGAAAUCUCCAAGAAGCGCGGCUGGCCAAUGGCGCAUGUCGCUCUUGCGUGGAUUAACAAAAGGGUCACUAGUCCCAUCAUUGGCUUCAACAGUUUGGGAAGAAUCGAGGACACCGCCUCAGUGACUGGUAAAGUCCUGACGGAUGAAGAGGAAAAGUACCUUGAGGAGCUCUAUCAGCCCAGGCCCGUAUCCGGACAUCAGUGA